ACAGAAGGGAGGAAAGAAAAGGAGAGGGGGGGGACAGAGAGAGAAAGAGAACAGGAGCUUGUGAAGAGAAAGAGGGAGGGAGCUUCAGGCAGCGAGACUGGACUACCGCUCAAACACUGCAGUCUUUCUUUUGCUUCACUAAGGGAAGUGUCUCUCUUCUCCGUGCCUGUUUCUCCUUCUUGCUUGUUCUUCUCUCGCUGCUUGGCCAUGACCCCGGUGGACACCUUGAUCUCCUUGCCCACCUAGAGAAGAGGAGAGAAAUGCUGUAGCGGAGGAAGGAGAGAAGAGAAGAGAAGAGAAGAGAAGAGAAGAGAAGAGGGGACACCGCACACUUUGCCUCACUGAUGAGAUUCUGGAAAAUUAAUUAACCGCCGUCAGCACAGAGAGGGGAGCGCACAGAGGGGCUCAGUGUGAGGUGCAGGAAGAUAAUAAUAGGGAGUUGAAGAGGGUGAAUUGCCAAAUGUUUGAAGAACUGGCUGUGGAGGAGUGGCAGAGUAACCCCUAGACACUUUUCAGAGACAAAAAGGACAAGUUAGGGCAAAUAAUGGACCAAUCACAUGCGUUAUUUCUCCUUUCAUGCUUAUUUUUAACCUUCUUCUCACUUUCAUAACACCAUCCUUCCCUCUCAUCUCACAUUUUUUUUCCCCGCAUGUCAGCAAAAGCACAUCGACGGCCACAACCACAUGCUGAACACUCAGCCACGACUUAGAACCUAGCGUAGCAUUUCAUUCAGUGGACCUUACUGAGUAAAAGAAGUUUCAGAAUCAGGCAAUCGGGGCAUUACCUCCCACCUGAAAGCAGCUGCUUAGGAAUGUCUCAUGAGACCAGGUAGGACGUUUCUGGAGCUUUUCGCCAGCCCAAAGCAGCUGGAGAGGUCGAGUCGAUGCCCUCCAGUCGUUUGCCUGAUUGAACCGUUAGGAGAUGAAACCUGCAAACCAGCUUAUCUCUCAGAGCAUGACACCUGUGUUUGAGCGAUUACAGAGAGGGAAACAGGGACGUGCAGAUGUGUUUGUGUGUGUUGGGAUUAUGUCCUAAAUACACAGAAUUACACAGGUGUUGCGCCAGGAUUAUGCAAAGUCUCCUGCUGAAUAUAGUAACUAUAGGAUUAAAGGGAGGAACUCAAGUCAAGUGAAUGGCAGCACUUUAUCUUUUACAAAUUAAGCCAGAUCAAGUGUAAUCGCACCCGCGGUAAAAAUUAAAUCAGCCAUUCCAGGGUUUGAUAGGGGUUAGGGUUAACUAUUUUUAGGUAAACUGGGGAUAGGUCGAAAACACUAACAAAAUCCAUCACUCAGCGCCAAGUGGAAUAACUUCUGCUCCCUUGUUGUGGACUUUGCUCAGAGCUGAAGUACACAGAGUAACUAUUACAGACUCUGAAAGGCUUAUUCAGCUUCCAUAAUGAGACGCUCGAGCACAGACGAGACUCCAUACCGGCGCAGUCCGUCUCUGGACAGCAAACCCGACACGCCGCCGUUCACUUCUGGGUUUCACCGCUUCAGUGGGGAGUUUGAGUAUAAGCGGCCGCCGUUUGCGUUCGGCUUCCACACGACAAAAGAGCCGCAGGCGUCCAAGGGGCGCUACGCCCAGGGGAAGAAGUAUGUGGUGUUUUACCUGGACCUCUCCUUCAUAUUCCUCCUAGAACUGCGGCGCUGCAGGAUGGCCGAGGGUUGCAUGAUGGCCCUGCGAUAUGGAAUGGUCUUCUUCAACCUCCUUUUCUGGUUGGGAGGAUGUGGCAUACUGGGGGUGGGAGUCUGGCUCUCAGUGACCCAGGGAAACUUUGCCACCCUAUCAUCAUCCCUUCCCUCCUUGUCGGCAGCCAACCUGCUCAUCGCAGUGGGGACCAUCAUCAUGGUGAUCGGCUGUUUGGGCUGUGUGGGAGCUGUCAAAGAGAGCCGUCCUCUGCUGCUGACGUUCUUCAUCCUCCUCCUGCUCAUCUUCUUCCUGGAGAUUCUGUCUAUCAUGCUUUUCUUCAUCUACCAAGACAAGAUUGAUCACUACGCCCAGAGGGAUCUGAAGAAGGGCCUCCAGCUCUUUGGCACAGAGGGAAACGUGGGUCUGACCAACGCCUGGAUGAUAGUACAAACUGAUUUUCGCUGCUGUGGAGUAACCAACCACACAGACUGGUUCGAGGUUUACAAUGCCACCCGUGUGCCAGACUCCUGCUGCCUGGAGUACAGCGACAACUGUGGCCUGGACAACCCAGGAACAUGGUGGACAGCGCCGUGCUACGAGCGUGUAAAGGACUGGCUUAAUGAGAACCUGGUGGCCCUUUGGAUCUUUGCUCUAUGUACAGCACUUACUCAGAUCCUGGGCCUGGUUUUCUCCAUGACGAUGUUCUGUCAGGCAGUGAAAGUAGAGACCUUUUACGCCUAGCCAUCGUUCUCUCUGCCCUUCAGCACACUUGGAUUGUUUCUCAUCAGAGAGGGACGGAUAUAGACCCACCCUCCUCCUCCUCCUCCUCCUCCUCCCCCGACAGACUCUUCUUUCCUUGUCCUCUCUGUGACAUUCCCUCUCAGAUGUCACCAGUUCACAGUUUUUCUGCUAACUAUCAACAAGCACAGUGUCAGUGUAUUACCUGAGUUGGUUCCUAUGAUUUGCUCUGUGUCAAAAAGCUAAUUUCUGUGAUACAUUUUAUGAAGCAGUAUUAUGAACAUGUAUAAAAAAAAAAAUAUAAUGUAACCCCUUUUUUUAAUGUGUUUUAUUCUAAAUUAUUUUAUGGUUUGUAUGUGUUUUAAAAAUGAGAGCUACAGUUGGGGACUAUGUUAAGUGCUGCAAGUGCAUGUCUCCUGCAAUGAUGUGUAAUAAAUGUUUUUGGCUCGACUAAA